GGUGAUAGGACCGGAGAGCUGUCACUCACCUGGCGGCACGACCCGGGAGCGCCAUGAGCGGGAAGGCGGAGGUUAAAGUGAAAAUACCUUUUGGAAACAAGUAUCUGGAUGCUAUCUUUUCUGUCCCAGAGAAGAAAUCAACUUACGGAGUGAUUCUUACCCAUGGAGCUGGAGGAGAUAUGAAUUUCCCUCACUUAGUGUCUUUGGCAGCCUAUCUUGCAUCCCAUGGAGUUCUGUGCCUAAGAUUUACUUGUAAAGGCCUCAACAUUGUUCAUAGGACUAAGGCCUUCAAAACAGUUGUGGAAUACUUAAGGCAUUCUGAUGAUUAUAAACUUUCGGGUGUCUUCCUUGCAGGCCGUUCCAUGGGCUCACGAGCUGCUGCAUCUGUGAUACGUCAUCUUGGCCAGGAGGAUGAUGAUGACAGCUUCAUUCAAGGCUUAAUAUGUUUAUCUUAUCCAUUGCAUCGACCAAAACUUCAGUCCAAGCUCCAAGAUGAAGAUUUAUUACUUAUCAAGUGUCCAGUGCUGUUUGUCUCGGGAGCAGCAGAUGAGAUGUGUGAAAAACAAUUGCUAGAAGGUGUGGCAAGCCAGAUGAAAGCCCCUAAAAAAAUACAUUGGAUUGACAAAGCAAACCAUGGGAUGGCAGUAAAAGGACGAACAGCAGAUGAUGUCAUGGAAGAAAUAAAUGUGCAAGUUUUUACUUGGCUUAGAGAGAAUACUGAACUGGAGAAUAAAUGAUUUGCAGUGUUUUAGCAGUGUCUUUGUUUAGCUUUUCCUAUGUGCAGCAAAUUAAGAGUUUGUUAUUUCUGAGACAUAUAUUUUUUUAAGAUGCUUUCAGAAGUCUAAGUGUAAAUGCAAAUAAAACUCCUUGUAAACAGGGAGUCUCCAUCUUAUUUGUAGCCCCCCUUUAAGUAUUGGUGCAUUGUAAUAAGGUCUCCCCUAAGCUUUCUUAAGGCUGAACAAACCCAGUUUUCUGUCUCUCCUCACGUGGUAGGUGCUUCAGUCCUCUGAUUAUCCUCAUGGCUCUUCUCUGGACAUUCUCCAGCCUGUCU